AUGCUUACCCUAGACGCGUCAGGCAAUAAGCCGACGUUUUCGUUCGGCACACAGAGCGCGGCAUCGACAUCCUCGACGCCUGCCUUCUCGUUUGGCGGAGCGAGCACUACGCCCAGCACGGCGACUGGCACUGACCAACCGAAACUUAGCAGUGGCUUUUCUUUCGGGGGUGCUGCUGCUUCAACGACGCCUGCUUCUCAGCCUCCGACAAAUCUCUUUGGCCAAAAGCCGGCCGCCAGUGGUCCUUCCUCGGGCUUGUUUGGUGCGCCCAAGCCGAGUACUGAGGGCGGCACAGGCGCCUUUAGUUUUGGUGCUAAGCCUGCGGACACCACGCCUGCCGCGGGUGCAUUUGGAAAUGGCUCCUCUGCGGCCCCGUCCUCUGGUGGUUUCUCGUUUGGUGCCAAGCCUGCGGAGAAGAAAGAGCCAGCUUCCACUGGCUUUAGUUUCGGCGCCAAGCCUGAAGAGAAGAAGGACGAGCCAAAGUCGCUAGGUGGCUUUAGUUUCGGUGCUCCACCCGCUGAGAAGAAGGAAGAGCCGAAACCUUCGGGCUUUAGCUUCGGAACUAAGCCUGACCAGAAGGCCGAGAAUAAGACGGCAGGCUUUAGCUUCGGCGCAAAACCCGAGGCCCCCAAGACGUCUGGAUUUAGCUUUGCGGCACCCGAGAAGGAUGGACCAAAGCCAGCGACCGGCUUUAGCUUUGGCUCUAAGCCAGAGGAGAAAAAGGAGGAGCCCAAGACAGCCGGCUUUAGCUUUGGCGCACCGCCCGAGAAAAAGGACGAGCCCAAGUCGCUAGGUGGCUUCAGCUUUGGGGCGAAACCCACCGAGAAGAACGAGUCCAAACCGUCAGGUGGUUUCAGCUUCGGCGCCAAGCCAGAGGAGAAAAAAGAAGAGCCCAAGCCGGCAGGUGGCUUCAGCUUUGGCACCAAGCCAGAGGAGAAAAAGGAAGAGCCCAAGCCGGCAGGUGGCUUCAGCUUUGGCACCAAGCCAGAGGAGAAAAAAGAAGAGCCCAAGCCGGCAGGUGGCUUCAGUUUCGGUGCCAAGCCCGCCGAAAAGCAGGACGGGCCCAAGCCAGCGGGUGGCUUUAGCUUCGGCACCAAGCCUGAGGAGAAAAAAGAAGAGCCCAAGCCGGCAGGCGGCUUUAGUUUUGGUGCUAAACCUGCCGAGAAGAAAGACGAGUCCAAGCCAGCAGGUGGCUUCAGUUUCGGUGCCAAACCUACCGAGAAGAAGGACGACCCCAAGCCAGCGGGCGGCUUCAGUUUCGGCGGCGCGGGUGGCAAGCCGACGGAGUCCAACCCAGCUGGACCGAGCGCUAGUGCUACGUCUGGGACGGGCUUUUCUUUUGGCAAGCCGGCAGAGACAAAGUCCAACGAUACUGCGCCAUCGACGAGUGGUGGAUUCUCAUUUGGAAAGCCUGCCGACUCUGGCAGUGGAGGAUCCGCUCCGUCUACCAACCUGUUCGACAAAUCUUCUGCCGAAAAGACAGGCACGUCGACGGCUACCGCUACAAAGCCUGGUGCUGCGGCAGCGGCGGCUCCCUCGCUUCUUCGAGGAAAGAGCAUGGAAGAUAUUGUGAAAAUGUGGCAAGAUGAGCUUGAUGCAUCGAUCAAGGAGUUUAGUUUGCAAGCCGGCGAGGUGGCGGCCUGGGACCGAGUGCUGCUCAAGGGCGCCGACGAGAUCUCCAAGCUUGUAACACAAGUGUCUCAAGCUGAAGAGCGACACACAGGGAUCGAGCAGACGCUGGACCAUGUUGAGCAACAGCAGGCUGAGUUGAAUGCUCUGCUGGAUGCCUACGAGGCCCAGCGGAAAGACCUCCUGCAGUCCGCAGGAGCACAGCCGCGCGGCGAUGUGGGCACGGCUGAUGUGGAACGUGAAAAGGCCUAUUCGCUGGCGGAGAGUCUCAAUGCGCAGUUGGACGACAUGUCGCGAAACCUUGUGUCCAUGAUUGAGGAGGUGAAUCAGAUGACAGCCCCAUCAGGCUCUUCGACGAGCACGCGCGAUCUGGUGGAUGCCUCUCCACAAGCACUUAACUCGAUGCGCAUCGGUGGUCGGGAGACGAGCGUCGGAUAUGAAGAUCCCAUUAUGCAGAUCUCUGCGAUUCUGAACGCGCAUCUCGGGAGCCUCAAAUGGAUCGAUGAGCAUACCACGUCCCUGCGUGAUCGUUUGGAAGCAUUGCGUCGCGGACAGACAGAAAAGGCUGUCUCUCAUGACGCCUUGCGUUCCAGUGUGGGCCCCGAUGCGCCGCGCAGCUCGACACCCAACCGCUCGCUUCGCGAGUCCAGCGUGGCUUGGCCGCGCCAUGUAGGCUAUUAG